GUCCCAACGCUGAUGGAUGGAGCGCAGCUUGAAUAAAGCCCAUUGACUUGGAGGCGUUCUGCACACGCACUGAGGCCCUUCGGACCCCGCUGCAUAAUUGCAUUCUUGAUUUACAUGGACGUUCUCAUUUUCUUUAUAAUGCAGUGAUUUGCUCUUAAGCAUUUUGGCAGGGGUGUGCUAUUAUUUUCUUCUUGAGCCCGUGAUAAAACCUGCAUCCUGGGGGAAAGUGCUGUGCGGAAUAUAGGGGCAGAGGAUUGGGAAACCCAUUUUAACUCACUUAAGGCAUUCGGAUUUAUGACACGAGUUGCUCUACAGGCAGAGAAGAUGAAUCACCACCCGGAAUGGUUCAAUGUCUACAGCAAGGUUCAGAUCACCCUCAUUUCCCACGACUGCGGCGGGCUGACCAAGAGAGACGUGAAGCUGGCUCAGUUCAUUGACAAGGCUGCUGCCUCUGUAUAAAGCAGAGUGCCUUUCCCCACUGAAGCGGUGGAUUUCCCUGGUGUGGCUUCAAGUCGGGCUGCGAUGUCUCCUGUUCCUGGUGGAGGAGUGAAACGAGUCUCACCCACUGAUAGGAUGGAGUCUGCAAUGAACGGUGCAAAACUCUGCUGUUAGAAAUCGAUACAGGAUGCCAACGCUUUGCAUCAAGCCAAUAAAAUCAAAUUCCUCCUUUGUAA